CAUGCCAACUAAAACGGGAACAUACUCCAAAGAGAAGUCAGUGUUACUGAAAGUGUAUGUAGAGCAUCCGAGGAAGAAGAGGGUCUCACAGAGUCAGCAUCAUCACCACCAUCACCAUCACCAUCAUCUUCAUCAAACAAUCAGACGAGAGGUAAUCUUAUACAACGUUAAUGGUGCUUCUACUAAAGGGUAUGAUAGGAGAGCUCAGCUUCUACAGUACUCCAGACAGCUUCGACUGUCUGCUCGAUCAGCAUCCAAGUCACCGUUCGAAUCAAGUUCUUCUUCCGGCAACCACAAACCGACAAGCCAAAGUACUGUCGCAGUCCCAAGAAAGUCAUCAAAGUCAAAACAUCCUAAAACACCAGGCUGCAGCUUUGGCAACUGGAAAAUCUUGCUUCCAAGCUUUUUCAGAUCUUUGACAGGAUCCAAAGGUAAGAAAGAGAGAAAAAACAUAAAACAAAGUGGAUGGACAAGCAGCAAGAUAAAAGCUUUCACGAAAAGUUUGCAGAUGCAGAAAAAGAAGCGGGGGUCCAUUUCAGGCUGUAUUAAUUCAACAGUAGGAAAGAGUAGUAGGUCAUGA